GGCGUGAGAGCCUAUGGUGCGCUGAGGCUGGUGGUGGCUAGAUCCUGACAGAUGGUCUACCCACUGCUGCUACUGUUGUGCCAUUUGCUCAUGUCCUGGGCGCCUCCUCGUGGCGACCGCUGGGUGGGAGUUGGGUUUCGCCCUUCUCCCUGCUAAGAUUCAGGACACCAAUCCGCAUGAGUCAGCUAACUGACCAUGUGCUAGACCCGCUGCCUUUCUGGUGUUCAUUUAAUCGAAGGCUUUGGCUGAGGACCCGAGUCGUUCUCCUGUCAGGAUUGGGCGCCCUGGCAGUAUCCUAGUCCAGAGAGAGUGCCUCCCUCUUGGGGCGAAUCAGUUAUUGUCCCAAUUUUCAAGAAAGGCGCUCGCACUUCAUGUGCAAAUCAUCGCGGGAUUAGUCUUAUUUCGGUUGCCUCUAAGCUGUUGGCAUCCAUUCUACUUCGUAGACUAUCCCCAGUACGUGAAUCGUACUACCGUGAAGAACAAGCUGGUUUCCGUCCUGGCCGCGGAUGCGUGGAUCAAAUCUUCACGCUCCGCCAACUCCUUGAACAUCGCCACAUUUAUCACAGGCCCACUAUCGUUGCAUUCCUAGACAUACGUGCCGCUUUUGACUCCGUUGAUCGACCUGCUUUAUGGCGUUGCUUACUAAAGAACGGGGUGCCAGAGAAAUAUAUCGCCAUCUUACGAGCACUUUACCUUCACACAUCCGGCAGAGUGAGGGUCUAUGGCAAGCUUUCCUCGCAAUUCACUGUCAAUAGCGGUGUGCGACAGGGCUGCCUCAUGUCCCCAUUCCUCUUCAACUUCGCAAUCGAAGACGUUCUGUCGAAUGCCCUAGAAGGUUUCCAACAUUUUGGCCUAGAGCUUCUACCGGGUGAGCGUGCGACCGACUUAGAUUAUGCUGAUGAUAUCGCCUUACUUGGUGACGAUCCUCAGGGUAUGCAACUCAUUCUGGAUCGUUUGGCGGUUGAAGCAUCUAAGUAUGGCAUGAGCUUCGCCCCAUCGAAGUGUAAAGUACUGCUCAAGGAUUGGCUUUCACCUGCACCCGUGCUCACUCUCCAAGGUGCACAACUUGAACAGGUGGAUAGUUUCGUCUACCUUGGGAGCUGUGUUUCCGCUGACGGCACGAUCAACAAAGAAGUUUCGCUUCGUAUCGCUAAAGCUCGAUCAGCAUUUGUCAAUCUGAGGCACUUGUGGCGUCGUCGCGACGUCUCAUUCUCACUAAAGGGCCGAGUUUACAGCGCGUCCGUUCGCUCAGUAUUGUUGUACGGGAGCGAGUCCUGGCCGAUUCGCGUGGAAGACAUGCGUCGUCUUUCUGCGUUCGAUAACGGUUGCUUAAGGAGGAUCGCUCGUGUUCGGUGGCAACAUCGAGUUACCAGUAAUGACGUUCGACGUCGCGUCUUGGGGAAUGCAAGUAUUUCCUUCAACAAACUGGUUUUGUUGCGCCAGUUAAGAUGGCUCGGUCAUGUCCUACGCAUGGCACCUGAGCGUCUACCGCGUCGCGCUCUAUUCGCUCGUCAAGGACCUGGCUGGAAGCGACCGCGUGGUGGUCAGCCUUCCACUUGGCGGCAGCACAUGAAAUCGCUGACGUCGUGUCUAGCCGCUGUUGGACCCGUACGUCUUCCAGGAUGGGGACCCAAAGAUGGCGAGUGCCAAUGGCUUAGGACACUUGAAGACAUGGCCCGCAACCGGAAUCAAUGGAAGAAUUGUGUACAGUGUUGUGUUGAUUCACAUGUUUAAUUCUACAAAAAUUGAAAAUGAC